UUUGCUUUUUCGUCUUUUUAAUCGUUGAUGGUUCAGUGAUGAAAAGUAUUUCGAUACCGUGAGUGUUUAUUGACAAUUGAGUGAUUUAUUUCUAGAGUUUCGUUGUUUGUGAAGAUUUGAAGAUAAAAUUCAAACGAGGGAGUGAAUUGCGAGUGGAAAUGUGCACAAACUAUAGUGUGUGAUCGUAUAUAAGUAUAUAUAUAUAUGUACGUUUGGGCACAAAUUGAGGAGGAUAAAAAAAAAAAAAAACAAAAGGAUGAGCGCGUUCAAGAGACACCAGAGCAAAGUGUUUUGGGGCCAAAUGGAGUCGCGCGACUUGUUGGCCAGCCAGGGGGACUUUAAGCUCCCGGCGAGCCCGCGACCGCGACCCCGACCCUUUCCCGCCUCGAGAGAGUCCGAGGAGGCGUUUUCGCUGUCGAACGACGAGAACCAGGCCGACAGCGAUACCACCGAUCCCGAGAACACCACCGUCAUCCACGUUGAGAUUGCGAGGAGGGACUCCCUGGCUCGCAGCAGCGAGCGAGCGUCGGAGAUGUCGACCCCGUCAACGGCAGUGCAGGCAGGGGUGGCGUCGAGCCACGUCCUCGAGGAGCGCUCGUUCAGCCCGUCGAGCCGGGGCCAGCGUAGCCAGGACUCGGGCUUCUCGGACUCGGACGAUAGCUCGGACCUCAGCCCCGAAUCGCCGAGGCGACGGAGACGGAGGAGCAGUCGCAGGCGACACGAGUUGCAGCGCUCGAGGAGUGUGGGCUCAGGGGGGGUUGGACCGGCGCACACGUCCACGCCGAAACGACCGGGAUCGGCAAGGCGCCGCGAGGAGACUCGACAACUGGACUAUUGCACCAUCAACGAAAGCCCGGAAGCCGAGGAGCGGCCUGCAGUCGAGAGCCUGGGCGACUUUCUCUACUCGAGCGAUCCGCCCAAUUACGAGCCGUGCCAGCCCGGACCACCCGAAUCCUCACGCGCGUGUACAAACGCGCACGCCCCGGUGAAGGAUUGGCUGUGCGAGCUGCGCUUGGACGUCGAGGAGGAGUGCGUGGCCACGUUGCAGAGCAAGUCCCUGCCCAGGCGCAGGCUCCCCGACGAUCCCCGGAGCAGGGACCUCAGGCUGCUCACGGCCUCGGCGACCACGGCAGCGAAAAAAGCCAUCGACACUGCCGGCCGCUUCGACCGCACGUACCGCCGGCUGAUCGAUGCGAUCGGCAACUCGAAGAACGAAGCGGUGGACCAAGCCCUGUUGUCUUCGAUCGAAGCCGAGGCCUUGGAGAUCCUCGCCAAGUUCGGCCGCUCGUUGCCCCGUAGGAUCGUCCAGGCGUCGGUUGCAGAUCCCCAGAGUCUCGUGAUGCAGCUCACGCGACUCAAGCACUCCGUGGACCGGGCCCUCGACGACAGGCUCGACUUUUACAUCGAGAAGGUGGUCCGGGGCCUGGAGGAAGCUCCACGGGAGGGUGGUAGCACGGCCCGCGGGUCCCUGGCAGCCCUGACGGCCCUCGGGCUCGCGGGUCCACGGGCCGGCGCCAGCGUGGCUCGGUGCUCGGGGAUCCGCGCCCUCCUCGCGAGCCUCGUCUCGUCGAGCCGGCUCUCCUCGGAGCUGCGUUGCGCGAGCCUGCGCGCCCUGGCCUCGGUGUGCUGCUGCCUCGAGGCGGUCGACCAAUUCGUCGCCCAGGGUGGACCCGACAUCCUCGCCGACAUCCUCGGGGCCGAGGCCACGCCCCACACCGAAAAGUCCGAGGCCGCGGCGUUGCUCGUCCAAGUGACCGCGCCCUGGAUGGACCGCGUCGCCCUGCCCUACCUCGAGCCCCACGGCCACCGCUUUGUCCGGGCGCUUACCGAACUCGCCGAGCGCACCACCUGCAAGCAGACUCUCCUCAUUGCCGCCGCUGGACUCAACUACCUGGCCCACUCGAGGAAGUGCGUCGCCGCCGUCGUUGCCUGCGACUCGAUCAAAAAGCUCCUCAGGUGUAUAAAAAAGUCAAACGACGGCAACGUGUGGCUGAUGGAGCAGGUGGCGUCGCUGGUGGGUCAGGUGGCACGGCUGCCCCAGGCCAGGGCUCAUCUCGUGGAGACGCGGGCGUCGGUCGCCCUGGUGUGUUUCCUGCGCAUGCAGCCACCCGGUCUGGAGGACGAGUACCGGCGAUUGGCGGCUACGACGCGGGAGACCCUUACGCGGUUGUGCGUUGACCCGGAGAUCGCUGGGCAAGUCGUGGCGGUUGGUGGCUCGGACUGUUUGCCUGAACUCGCUGUCGAUCCCGCGGUGUCGCGAGCCAUCAAGGACGAGGGCGCCAGGUUUCACAGCACCAAGUCGCUGAGGGUCGCGCGGAGGAUCGCCGCCGAGCAGAUCGGCAUUGCCAGGAUUAACGAUUGCAGCCCGCGUUGAAGAGUACAUCCGGCUAUCCAAGGUUGACGUUACUCUUCAUGUGUAACAAGUGGUUUUGGGUAACGCAAACAUCAGUAGUUGAACGAGACGAUCGAGCACAAUCGAAGGAGGAUUUUUUUUUUCAUAAUCCGGAAGAAAAAUGUAUUCGAGUCACGAGAGAGAGAGAGAGCGAACAUUUGACAAAUCGACAAACAAAACGUUGCUGUGAACGCGCUUGUAUAUAGGCAUAUAAGAAUUUUGGGAGUCGUCAGUAUAAUAAUGUAUU